AAGCCACAGGAAAAUAUUUUGGAACAUCAGGGAGCUCAGAAGAAGAGUGACAGUGCUUUCUGGGAGCUUCUGCUUUGCACAUACCUGACUUCUUCUCCUCUUUCCCCAGUAUAAUCUUCUUUGAAGCCACCGUCCUUCCUCCACACGUAACUCACACUCAUGUUUGGGCUUAUGAGUGACGUCGCUGCUCGCCCUCCCUGUCCUUUUCUUGAGCUAAAUGGACACGCUGGGGAGUCCGUAGGCAAUGGACAAAGCUCCGAUUGUACUGAGUCAUGAGGUCCUUCUCCAGAAAGAGCUUCCGUUUUGGCCCGUUUCCAUUUUACACGCACAUCCUUAACAACAUUGUGUCAAGAGCUAACAGGAUGUCCAUUUGUCGCUGGACUUCUCUGUGAUUCCGCCCCAUGCCUGCGUAUCUCACUGAUGUCAGUGUCAAACUUAAUUAACCUCAUUAAUUGGCGCUUACAUUCUGCACCUAUAGAAAUUCCACCUUAACAAUUAAGAAUGCAGACAGCUGCAGUGAAGAUGGGUGAACUAAAAAGUCCCCUCUGGCCUUAAUAACCUGCGAUGGUCCUGCGUGUGUGUGUGUGUGUGUGUGUGUGAGUGUCUGGAUGGUGAUCCCUCUUUAAUGUGGCUCCUCGUGUAUUGACUUUGGGUCCCUCUAGCCCCCCUCCCUCCCUUUCCAGCUCAUCUUCACACCAGGCGCCACUUUAUUUGUUUUCCCGCCUGCGCUAACCGAAUCAAACUCGCUUUUUUACAAGUUGCUAUGGGCAGCUGUGGGGUAGUCAUGACUUUUAUGGCAAUAUCUAAGGCCCUGAUGUGUUUUAUAUUUAAUACAGAGCAGUCAUUCAGUUAUUUUGUAUGAUUAGAUGCCUGAUCAUUUUCUUAGUGACUUUCCAAAACAUUGCGGCCCCCAUAAUUUGCCAUUUGAACUAAUAGGCCAAUGGGACUAUUUCUUUUAUUGGUCUAUGGGGUAGUUAUGAUGAUGAUGCUUUGAACUCUGCCUCGCAACAGGUGGCUGUCCGAAAAACAUGACAUGACCAAGAACAACAGUCUGAGCAGUUCUGUUUAUCUGCUAAUAGAGAGAGAGAGAGAAAAAGUAACCACUUUUUCCUCCUUAUUAACUUAUUUGUACACAAAGUGGUGUAGGGAUCUGCAGUAACAUUAGUCUGUCUGUCGAAAAAUGACUCCUGCGAAGCUUCGAGGCAGAGAUUUUGCUUUGACUUUUUUUUUUUUGUCAUUGAAUUAUUUGAGUUAUUCGAUUAAUUGUUGCAGCCCUAAUCGAAACCCUCCUCCACAAAAGUCUGAAGUUUGAAUGCAGAGAAUUGCAUAGCUACCAUAUCAUAAUAUGGUCAUUCUCCCAAAUGUGAACAGUUGUUUGUUCUGUAAAUAAGUGUCCUUUUUGAUAAUUGCUAAUGAAAAAUGAUGAUGACAAUAAAGUUCUAUUCUAUUCCAUGGCACUAUUUGCAUUGAUUGAGUUAUUUUUCUUAGACUUGACGCCGAUCUGAUCGGCAGAUCGGCUUUCAUGUCGUCAUUCGCCGAUCCGAUCACUAACGUCAUCGAUCGGCUCCGCACAAGAAAUGUAACUUCGCGUCGCCGUCGCAUAUGAAUCCAAAAGCUAGUUUAUUUUUAGCCUUGUCACGUGUCUGACGGCCAAUAAAGUUUUUUCAAUCUUGUCGGUGAAAAAACACGUCGUCGUUGUGGGACUAUUUUGCGGUGUCUCAGACAAACAACACGUAAGUUAUUUGCAGUCUGAAGUACGUCGUGGGGAACGUCAUCUAAAUGCUUCAACACAACAAAUUUGAUCGGGCACCUGAAGAAUAUACACAAGGAGGAGCAUGCCGCAUGCAAGCAACGCAGCGUGGAAAAAAAAAAAGGAAAAAAAAGGAAAAGCCAAACGGACGCAAACUUUGGACAACACCCGUCCUUAUAGUGAGAAAGUUAGAGUAAGCAUGUCAUUAACAGUAUUUAUUGAAGUAAUUUAAUUGCAAUAAAGUAAUUUAAUUACAGUAAGUAGGUGCCACGGUGGACAACUGGUUAGAUCGUCUGCCUCACAGUUCUGAGGACCGGGGUUCAGUCCGCCUGUGUGGAAUUUGCAUGUUCUCCCCGUGCCUGCGUGCACUCCGGUUUCCUCCCACAUCCCAAAACAUGGAUGGUAGGUUAAUUGAAGUCUCUAAAUUGCCCCUUGGUGUGAAUGUGAGCGUGAAUGGUUGUUUGUUUAAGUGUGCCUUGCUAUUGGCUGGCAACCAGUUCAGGGUGUGCACCGCCUCCUGCCCGAUGAUAGCUGGGAUAGGCUCCAGCACUCCCGCCACCCUUGUGAGGAUAGGCGGCUCAGAAAAUGGAUGGAUGGAAUUACAUGCUCCCCUGCCAACAACGUCACACUGGUGGAUUCCACACAAGCAGGACUGCACCGUCGAGCCAACCGACCUCUCUUUUCCACCCUCACCUGCCUCGGACUACCUUCCCAACCCUCGAGCAUCCACCCCUUGCUCCGUGGUCCCCUUCCCUUCUUCCCACCACGUCUACGGAGUGGGUGCCGGCUCCCUCCCCCAGGGCUGGGAGCGAGGAGCUGGGGGACGUGCUAGACAAGCCCUUGGAGAACGAUGCGGAGGGCGUGUGGAGCCCCGACAUCGAGCAGAGCUUCCAAGAGGCCCUGGCCAUCUACCCGCCCUGUGGCCGCAGGAAGAUCAUCCUCUCUGAUGAGGGCAAGAUGUACGGACGGAACGAGCUGAUCGCACGCUACAUCAAACUCCGCACUGGAAAAACGCGGACCAGGAAGCAGGUGUCCAGUCACAUCCAGGUUCUAGCACGACGGAAGGCCCGUGAGAUCCAGGUGAAGCUGAAGGUACGCUACGACCAGGCCGCCAAAGACAAGGCGCUACAGAGCAUGGCCACCAUGUCUUCGGCCCAGAUCAUCUCGCCCACGGCCUUCCAGAACAAGAUGGCCCUCCAGGGGCUCUCCCGGCCAGGUUACCCCACGACUGGUGGGUUUUGGCACGGGGCUCUUCCAGGACAGCCAGGCGGCCAUGAGGACAUUAAGCCCUUCUCCCAGCAGAGUUACGCCAUGCAAGCGACCGGCCCGGCCCCCAUAACAGGUUAUGAAAGCACUGCAGGGUUGUCCAUGUCACCUGGUGCACCCCCUUGGCACGGGAGAUGUAUCGCCAGCUCCAAGCUGCGAAUGCUGGAGUUCUCUGCCUUCCUGGAGCAACCUCAGGACCCAGAGACUUUCAACAAACACCUUUUCGUGCACAUCGGUCAGUCCAACCCCAGCUACAGCGAUCCCUACCUGGAGUCGGUGGAUGUCAGGCAGAUCUACGAUAAGUUCCCCGAGAAGAAAGGAGGCCUGAAGGAGCUGUUCGACAAGGGGCCGCACAACGCUUUCUUCCUUGUCAAAUUCUGGGCGGACCUGAGUGUGAACCUGCAGGACGACAGCAGCUUCUUCUACGGGGUUUCCAGCCAGUAUGAGAGCUCAGAGAACAUGAUCAUCACCUCGUCCACCAAAGUCUGCUCCUUUGGGAAGCAGGUGGUGGAGAAAGUGGAGACCGAGUAUGCCCGCUUCGAGAACGGCCGCUACAUGUACCGGAUCCACCGCUCCCCGCUUUGCGAAUACAUGAUCAACUUCAUCCACAAGCUCAAACACCUGCCCGAGAAGUACAUGAUGAACAGCGUCCUGGAGAACUUCACCAUCCUUCAGGUGGUGUCCAACAGGGACACUCUGGAGACGCUGCUGUGCGUGGCCUACGUGUUCGAGGUGUCUACGAGCGAGCACGGCGCCCAGCAUCACAUCUACCGGCUCAUCAAGGACUGACAUGAGAAUGGGAAAGUCACCGCUCCUCCACACAAAGACGCACACUCCUCGGCGAGCUUUGGGCUUGAACGCGACCCCGCUCGAGGAGUCCAAACGUUUCCCAGGGACGACACUGUACCGACCAGGCUCGGUGUGUUGACAGCGACGGGAAAGGACCAUGAUGCACUGCGGUCUUCACACCAAAGCCUGGCCUUGAAAAAGACCUGCAUGAGAACCUUGUCAUUGGUGGGUUUUUUUUUUUAAAUUUUCAAAUAUGAUUCUAAUAGCGCUUGUUUUGCUUUGAUCGUGUCAUGCAUGUGUGCAGGAGUUUGGCUGACUCAGGGUGCCACCUACUGACUAAAAGAUAAAUGGCACACGUUACUGAAAAUGUAGACAGAAAAUUGCACAACCUGUUUUUUUUUUGUUUUAUUUAGUCCCAGUGCCAAUUGUGUGUGCUAUUUGAAUAAUGAUGUUGUAAACGUGCCACACAUACCAAGAUAUGAAAGUGACUCAAGACAUGAGCAAUUGUAUUCACUUUGUGUUUGUGUGUUUGCUGUUUUAAUGUAUCCCGUGUUGUCUUAAGACUCCAAACAACAAAAAAGGCACAUAAUAAUUAAUAAUAAUAAUAAUGAUAAUAAUUGCGAUAACACUGCUACCUUGAAGCGCAGCACAGUUGGAUCUUUAUGUGGGUUUCAGUGGUUGUCAACUGUUUCAUGUUAUAUGCCCUGAAGUGUCAGAUGAAAAUACAAAGUGUUUCUUACAAAAAACAAAAACAAACAAACACUGUUGCUGUUUUAUUUUUUGGUUUAUUCUUUCAAGUGUCAAAGCACUUCCAACAAUAGAAAUUUAAACUUUCAUUCAACUCAAUUAUGAUUGUAUUUAGAUUAUACAUUUACAAUAUAUACUGUGUGUGUAGAUAGAUAGAUAGAUAAACAUGAAUGUUUGAUACAGCAAAAUAAAAUAAUGAAAAUAAAACCC